AUGUCUCUCCACGUUCCUCUGGCGCAUCGCCCCAAGGAUCAGGGCGCCACCAAGGCCGUCAUCUUGGUCGGUGGUCCUUCCCGAGGCACGCGCUUCCGUCCUCUCUCCCUCGACGUCCCCAAGCCCCUCUUUGAGGUCGCCGGCCACCCCAUCAUCUGGCACUGCCUCUCGUCCAUCGCGCGCGUCCCCAACAAGCAGAUCCACGAGGUCUACAUCAUCGGCUACUACGACGAGUCCGUCUUCCGCGACUUUAUCAAGGACUCUUCAAAGGAAUUCCCCGCCAUUACUAUCAAGUACCUCCGCGAGUACGAGGCUCUUGGUACCGCUGGUGGUCUGUACCACUUCCGAGAUGCCAUCCUCAAGGGCCGUCCCGAGAGGCUGUUUGUCCUCAACGCCGACGUCUGCUGCUCGUUCCCUCUCGAUGAGAUGCUCAAGCUCUUCAACGACAAGGACGCCGAGGCUGUUAUCCUCGGUACCCGCGUGAGCGACGAGGCUGCCACAAACUUUGGCUGCAUCGUCUCCGACACCCACACCCGCCGUGUUCUUCACUACGUCGAGAAGCCCGAGUCGCGCAUCAGCAACCUCAUCAACGCCGGCGUGUACCUCUUCUCCACCGAGGCCAUCUUCCCCUCGAUCCGCUCCGCCAUCAAGCGCCGCCUCGACCGCCCCUCCCGUCUGGUGUCGUACCCUUCGUCCGACAACCUCGAGAACAGCUUCAUCCUCCCCGACAAUGACGACGAGGAUGAGGAGAAGAAGAGCGAGGUCAUCCGUCUCGAGCAGGAUAUCCUCAGUGACAUGGCCGACAACAAACAGUUCUUUGUGUAUGAGACAAAGGAUUUCUGGCGCCAGAUCAAGACAGCCGGCUCAGCUGUCCCCGCCAACGCCCUCUACCUCCAAAAGGCUGCCCAGUCUGAGCUGAGCGACGAGCUCGCCCCUCCCAGCGCGAACAUCGUGCCCCCCGUCUUCAUCCACCCUACCGCCGAUGUCCACCCCACCGCCAAGCUGGGUCCCAACGUGAGCAUCGGACCCCGAGUCCACAUCGGCGCCGGCGCGCGUGUCAAGGAGAGCAUUGUCCUCGAGGACUCUGAGAUCAAGCACGACGCCUGCGUUCUGUACUCCAUUAUUGGUUGGGGUAGCCGCGUUGGUGCCUGGGCUCGUGUCGAGGGUACUCCUACCCCUGUUGGCAGCCACUCGACGAGUAUCAUCAAGAACGGAGUCAAGGUCCAGAGUAUCACCAUCCUGGGCAAGGACUGUGGUGUCGGCGAUGAGGUGCGCGUUCAGAACUGUGUCUGCCUGCCGUACAAGGAGCUUAAGAGGGAUGUCGCUAAUGAAGUCAUCAUGUAA